AUGGCCGAGCACCCGGAGCUGCUGGCGGAGAUGCCGGCGGUGGCGCGGCUGAGCACGCCGGAGCGGCUGAAACACGCUCAGAAACGCCGGGCCCAGCAGCUGAAAAAAUGGGCGCAGACGGAGAAGGAGACGCAGGGGAUGAAGGUCGGAGCCGAGAGGAAGAGGAGGAGGAGGAAGAGCGACAGCCAAGGGAAGAGGGUGACGUUCCCCGCCAGUGUCCGGCUGCUGGAAGCGGCCGCCCGGCACGAUGCCGAGGAAGUCCGGCAGUUCCUGCAGAGCGGCGUCAGCCCCGACCUCUGCAACGAGGACGGUCUCACCGCGUUGCACCAGUGCUGCAUCGACGACUACGGUGACGUGGUGACGGUGCUGCUGGAAGCCGGCGCCGACGUCAACGCCCGCGACAGCGAGCUCUGGACGCCGCUCCACGCCGCCGCCACCUGCGGCCACCUCCGCCUGGUCCAGCUCCUCCUCCAACGCGGCGCCGACCUCCUCGCCGUCAACUCGGACGGGAACAUGCCCUACGACCUGUGCGAGGACGAGGUGACCCUCGACUGCAUCGAGACCGCCAUGGCGGAGCAGGGUAUCACCCAGGAGAAGAUCGAGGAGGCUCGUGCCGCCACCGAGCGCGACAUGGUGCGGGAGAUCCGGCAGCUGGUGCAGGCGGGAGCCGACCUGGACGCGCCGCGGGGACACGGCGCAACCUUGCUGCACAUCGCGGCGGCCAACGGUUACGCGGAGGCGGCCGAGCUGCUGCUGGAGCACCGGGCCGGCGUCGACGCCAGGGACGAGGACGGUUGGGAGCCCCUCCACGCCGCCGCUUGUUGGGGACAGGUGCAGCUGGUGGAGCUGCUGGUGGCUCACGGCGCCGACCUCAACGGGAAAUCGCUGCUGGACGAGACCCCCUUGGACGUCUGCGGGGACGAGGAGGUCCGGGCCAAACUCCUGGAGCUGAAACACAAACGCGACGCCCUCGUGAAAUCCCACGAGAGACACAAAUCCUUGCUCCAGCGCCGCACCUCCAGCGCCGGCAGCCGCGGGAAGGUGGUGCGGCGGGUGAGCGUCUCGGAGCGCACCAGCCUUUACCGUAAGGAACACGAGCGGGAAGCCAUCGUCUGGCAACGCGCCGAGCGCCGCGACAGCGAGGACGAGGACCGGCAGACGGAUGCCGAACUUCGCCGCCGCUCAGCCGAUCCCGUGGAAUCGGCGUCGACGGAGCCCCCCGAGUUGUCGCCGCAGCGCAACGGCACGGCCCUCUCUUCCCAAAAACCGGAGCGUGGCGGUGACGGCGACGGCACCCCGGUGAAUCCGGCGGCGGAUCCGGCGCGGGAGAAAGCCCACCACACCCUGGCCGACCUCAAACGGCACCGAGCGGCCGCCAAACUCCAGCGCCCGCGCCCCGAGGAGCACCCCAUCGCGGGGAGCCCGGCUCCCCCCUCGGCACCGCCGGCACCCACCGCCGGCACCGGUGACCCCCCCCUCCUCAAACUGACGGCUCCGGCCGAGGAAACGCCGGCCGAGAAGCAGCGCUGCUGUAAGGUGAUGUGA